GCAUUCGCUUGGCAUCGAUUCAAUGCCUCUCGCAUGGCCGCUGCGCGUUGCCGCAAGGGGCCGCACUCGGCCGGCGCCUGCUGCUCGAAGCAGCGCGCCGAUGGCUUCGCCAGCCGCCAGCGCAAGCUUUCGCGCGAGGCGUUUCCCGCCUUUGUCCUGGAGGCGCUCCGAGAUGCGGGUCAGGUCGAGGUGCUGCUGCGGCGCGCUGGAUGUUCAGCGUUGCUGCGCAGCAGGGGACAAUGGCGGCGGUGCUCGCCCGGGCCUGCGCUGGGCAGCGUGGACCUGGUGGUGGACGCUGGAGAACUGGCGGCCAAUGGCUUCGUGAUGAACCUGGCCAACUUCCGCUGGGAUGCCCUGGGCAAAGUGGAGGAGCUGCUGCGUUUGCUGGCCAGCUCCUUGUCGCUGCUGCGGGUGGAUGGGAUUUUCCGACUCCAGCUGGAUGGCUCCGAUGUGCCCGAGUUCCUCGUGAGUUUCGUGACAGCCUUCCCGGUCAAGGUGAACACUCGGCAGUCCGGCUGGGACUUUGUGGUCUUAGAGCCGGUGACCUCUGAGCACCUGGACCAGGUGCUCCAGAGCCAGGUGUGGGAGGAGCGCUCCCACGAGCGCUACGCGCGGCUCUUGCGGCCGAUCAUCGGUUCAGUGGGCACCGUGCUGGAUGUGGGCGGUGGGGACGGGCACAUGGCGCAGUGGUGGUCUGAGCUGGGCUGCCAAGUGUACCUCCUGGAGACGGAUGUCGCCUGUGCCGCGGACGCCCGGCGCCGCCUGGGCGAGGAACGCGUGGUUUUCCACGACGGCAAAUCAGCCUGGCCCUAUGCCGACGGCGCCUUCGACCUGUGCCUCCUCCUCUUCGUGCUGCACCACAUCGCGGAGGAUUUGGGCACCACGCUGCGGGAGGCCGCGCGGGUGUCCAAAAAGGUCCUGGUGCUGGAGGACCAGCCCCGGGCGGCGCAGAGCCCCAACUUGGCGCGCCUGGCCGCGGCGGUGACCGCGGAGCACUUCCGGCCAUUUGGGCAGAACCCCCAGAAGUACAUGCGCUUCAUCCGCCCGGACUCCCUUUGGCGCCAGCUCUUUGCAGAGGCAGAGCUGCACGUGGUGCGUCAGGUGGAGAUUCCUGGCACGUUGCAGCACCCGGUGCCGCACACGCUCUACGAGUUGUCAAGUGGCAAAAGUGGGGAGUGCGCCGUGAUUUUGGGUGCCAAUAAAUCCUUCCGGCGCUUGCAUCCGCUGCGAGCUGGGGCAGCAGACCGAUGGGCGAGGAGCCACGGCCAUUGCCUGCAGCUGAGAGACUUCCUGGGCGCUGCACAGACGCUUUUGUGCCGAGCAGCCGAAUCGCAGGGGCCCGAGUCGCCGCGGCUCUUGAGCCCCACCAGCACUCGCUCCCUCGGGGACGAGCGUCAGCCCCGGCGCACGCGGCGCAGUAGCUCCGAGCUGGACAGCCACCCGCUGCGGCGCUUCAGCGUGCCGCAGAAAACGGUGUACUCCAGGGCCUUGCGGGAGAUCGGCAACGGACAGAAGGAGAGCUGCUGGAUGUGGUUUCUGAUCCCCACGCCCCCGUACGUGGUGGACGGCAAAGAGCGGGGCAGCAUCCGGAACCAGCGCUACGCGCUGCGCUCGGACGAGGAGGUCAGAGAAUAUCUGAGGCCCGCGGGCUUUGCGGUGAGUCGAAUUGGGGGCACUUGGUGCUAA